AUGCCAAUAGCCGAUUCUCGACUAGAACGUUUACAAAUAAGGAAGCUUCUUCAGUGUGUAAAUAAUAAGGACAUCGACCAGAUAAAGAAGUUGAUUGAACAUGGGGUGCCGAAUCUCAUCAAUUAUAAUGAUCCAGAUAAUGGUAUAACGGCUGUAAUUUCAGCUGUCAAGUCGGACGACAUCUGCACAAUUGAAUUUCUUCUUUUGAAUGGUGCAUGCAUAGACAUAGUAGAUUUUGAUGGCAAAACUGCUUUAAUGACGGCAGCUGAACUUGGAAACGUGGAUAUUUUCAAGAAAUUACUUGACAAAGGUGCCAAUAGGAAUGCAAAUGAUUUCAAUGAAAGAACCGCAUUAUUCUAUUGUAUUUCACCAACCGAUGCGCAUUUAAAAUGUUUAGGCCUAUUACUAGACAAAAGUAUGCUCAUUAAUAAACAGGACCGUGAUGGAGAAACAGCAUUACAUGUUGCAUGUAAAAGAUCUAUUGAAAAUGAGAAAUUCAUCCUUGAAUUAUUGAACAAUGGUGCUAAUCCAAACAUUUAUUCGAAAAAUAGAAAAACUGCGUUUUUAGAAGCAUGUGGAACAGGUAGUAGUACCUCAGUUGCAGCAGCAUUACGUGCUGGAGCUGAUCUAAAUUCUUGUGACAAAGACAAACAAAGUGGCGCUCAUGAAGCUGCUAAAAAUGGUCAUUUAAAGGUGUUGUUUGUACUUUCUGCAUUCGGAUUCGACUUCAAUGCUCUUGAUAACGAUGGAAAUAAUCCAUUACACAUGGCUGCUAAAGUCGAUGAAAUGUGUUGUAAAUUUCUUGGGCAAAGAGGUUGUGAUGCAAAAGUAAAGAACGCAAAUGGAAAAUUACCUCGAAACAUUGCUGUUGAUGAAGGUAAAAAACUAUGUGCCAAAGAACUACGUAAACUAGAACGUGUGACAAGUAAAACAAUAAAAAAUGCAGAAUCUUGGGCCAUUAGACUAUACGAUUGGUCAAUUGUAUUUGCAAAUGAUUUAAGAGAACGUUUCAUUGAAAUUAGUCAUCGAUUAUCAAGUGCUUUAGAAGAACAGAAAGAAACAAAUUCAAGUGUUUCAAGAGAGUUAGACAGUAGAAAUGAUUUACAAGUUAGUGAACAAAGUUUAGUCACAGCAGUGCAUGCUUCUAAUCAACAAGAAUCAGAUAAAUUAAGCACGAAAACCAGUUCAAGUAAAAAGAGAAAACGAUCAAAAAAACGUAGUACAAGCCGUUCCAGAUCUAGAAAAGCAUCAACCACAAGAAUUCCCAUAGAAGAUUUCACAUCAGUAAUUAGUUCGUUGGAUGGACCAAUCAAUGAGAUAAUUAGUAAAACACUGCUUACUUUACAUGAGAAAAAUGCAGAUGGUUGUAUUGAUUGGCAAGAGUUUUUAACUGGAAAAAAAUAUUUGAAUAAAAACUACUUAGUAUCAGCCUUUGAGAAGAAGAAAGGCAAAAAGAAAAAAAGAAAAGGUGGUAAAGGUAGUAAACGCAGAAAAAUACCUAUGGAUAUAUGUACACUGCCAUCAGAGGCUAUUUAUCGUCGUGCAGAUGGUGGUCCCUCUAUAAUGUAUAUUCCUAAGGAGAUUCAUCCCAUUGACUUAAAUCGUUUCGAUGCAGAUCAUCCACCUGUGCAUCCUUUACAAGAUGAUUCUGUUUGGUAUUUAGAUACUCCAAGACGUCAGUAUAUAAGUUUUCAUUCUGCAGCUUUACAUAAUGACAUGGAUUCAAUUCGUUUAGCCUUAUCUGAAGGAUAUGACAUUGAUACAAGAGAUAAAUUUUAUAAAACACCAUUAAUGGUAGCAGCACAUCAUGGUAAUUUAGACACAGCUAUUGAACUUAUCAAAUUAGGAGCAAAUGUUAAUGCACGUGAUAAUUUCCGUUGGACACCAUUACAUCAUGCAGCUCAUUCAGGAAUGAUUGAUAUGGUUGAAUUAUUAAUAAAUAAUGGUGCAUUAAUUGAAGCAAAAGCAUUGAAUGGUGCAACACCAUUAUUUCGUGCUAUUGAAUGUUCAAGACUUAAUUUAGUCGACUAUUUCUUAUCAAAAGGAUCUAAAUUAUUUGUAGAAACACGUAAAGGAGAAAACCCAUAUGUAGUGGCAUUGAAUUGGUCUGAUCCAAGAGUAAUAGAACAUGUACAUGAUAAGUGGGAAUUAGCACAAGAGGCAGUUGAUAAACAGAAGAAACAGGGAAGUGCAAAACGCAAAAGACCAACUACAGCUGGAUCGACUAGUUCAAGUAAACGUUCAGUUUCUCCUAUUAGAAAAUUCACUCCACCAAAUAAUUUACCUGGUUCAUAUUCAAAUUUAAUUCAAAAACAUUUUGAUUUAUCCUAUUUAAUCAAACAUACAUAUUCUUUAGAAAAAACUAUAAAUAGACAAGAUAUUCGUAUAUGUCCUCGUUAUCCAUGGCUACCUAAAUUAAAUCGUGAAGAAAGAUUAGCUAAGUUAGCUGAAGCACGUGAACGAUAUGGAUGGGAUUAUGGUUUACCUAAUGUACCAUCACACUUAUUCGAUAAGCAUUUAAUGAAUCGUUUUCAAGAGAUUGAAGUGAACAGUGGAGAACAAUAG